CAAACCGAUGUGUGUGCAUUUAUCUGCAGAUGGGUUGAAGGCUUUUCUGGGCCAUGGAAAAGUCUGCGUUUUGCUCUGCUGUGCCACCGUAUGAGCGAAAAAGAAAAAAAAUUGUCGUCAGUGGCUGUCACGUGAUGACUGCUGACUACUCGGCGAUUGGUGAAGGCUUCAAGUUGCUGCACAGUGCUGGUGCUGCUGAGCAGGUAGUAUGGCGCCGGUUUCCAGGUCUUCUCCUUGGACAACUUGAACCCUAAUAUUUCAUCUCUCAUGGACACCUUCAUCAAUGACCCUUACUGAGAAGCACCCAAUGCGUGGUUCACGGAUCGCAUGGCAGCGCCGGUUGAUUGAUAUACUGAAUGAAGCAUCGCUGACCUCUGGGUCGAAUAUACAACCCGUGCGCGCCCGGAAAGUCUUGCCCCACUUGAUGAAAACGCCAAAGCACAACAAAAUGGCCAUGGCGAUGAGUAGGAUCGUGACCAGGACCCAUUUCAAGCCUACUUGCUUGACCCACGGGGUGAGAGCAAAAAUAAACGCAGUGCUGAAAGUGUUGCGCACCACCGUCACGGCGACCAAGGCGUCACCGAUCACCUAAUCAAAAAAUUGUCAGCUCAACUGGUUUCCACAAAUAUCACAAGCAGAUCCUCUCCAAACUUACCUCUUGGUACGAGUCUGUCAGCACCAGGCCGACGGCAAUGAUGGGCCAUGACAGAUGGUUGUUGAGACCGAUGCCGAAAAGAAGGGCUCCCACAGGAACGAAGAGGAGGAAAGGAGCGAUACACCAUAGUCGCAUCUCCGGGUCGUAGAUACCACCGUAUUUGCGACGCGACAGGAAAACAAUCCACCAAUCACUCAUGGGUCCCACGAUCAGGGCGCCGAUGCUGACUCCGAUCACUCUGGGAAGAGCCAUGAGGCCGACUUGGUCGGUGCUGAAGUUGUAGGGUGCCUGAGGUAGGUAUGUGGACAUGGUGGUGGACAUGACGUCGCCCAGGCCUACUAGGAUACCGUAGACUAGAGCCGCAUAUCCAAUGGCAGGGAUGGUGACCAGCAGCAUCAAAGGCUGGUACAUGUGCCGGAAGAAGGUGCCGUUGGAUCCGACGGUGGACGAGGUGGUGGUGGUGAUGGCCAGCCGUUGCCGGUAAGUUUUUCGCGGCAGGUUCGGGUUGAUGUGCACCUUGUAAAGAGCAUUGUCCUGUGGCGAACCCUCCUCGACCGCUUGCAUGAUGGACGUAUCCUUGGGAUCAGCUGUCGUGGUCGAUUUUUCUUCGCCGUCCAUGGAUUUUGGCGCCUUGUCUGGGCUUUCAGACACGCCAGGCGCUUGUUGGUGCCGGUCCUCGUCACCUUCAGCAGACGAAAGACUGGGAGGGCAGAAUUUGGUUUCUUCAUAAAAGAAAAAGACCAGAGGGAUGGCCACGCCGAAGAAGAUGGCGUUCCACCACCAAAUCCAUCUCCAGCCUUGUCCUUUGGCCACGAAUCCUGCAAUGAGCAUCCCACCAUAGCUGGCCAGCAGCCACACCCAGACAUAAAUGGCAUUCAUCGUCCCUCGCUCGUGCACAAAGAAGACGUCGGCGAUUGUCAUCUGCACGAUCGACUCGGCAAGACUUGCGAACAGACAUGACAGAACGUUGAUCAGCAUCAAAUCGGCCACCGAUUUCAUCUUCGCUUGCCAAAUGCUAAGGCCGAAUUGUAGUACCGUGCUGAAAAGGUACACAGGCCGGCGGCCGUAUUUGAGAGCGAAUGGGAUCAGCAGAAGAGAACCCAGUGCAAGACAAGCGCAGCCGACGGCGUAACUGUCGUUGAGGAUUUCGUAUGAGUAACCCAACUCUUUGUGCAUAGGUGCCCAUGUCGGCGUAGGGGCGUUGAUGAACUCGGCCACCAUGGCGACAUAGAAGCAUACGAGCAAAAAAUUGAGGUACUUGCGCCAUUUCGGCCAGUUGAGCGGAUCGUUGGGAUCCUCCGUCGGUCGUGGUUGCAGGAUAAUGUCUUUCCCAUCCCUCACCCUCGUGUCCUCCAGGCGCACCGUUCCUGGAGGCCACAUGCCGGAGCUGCAAGUGUCGCCAUUGCCCAGAGACGAAGCCAUAUUGAACGCACAACACAGCUGAGGUCAGGUCAGGGUGCAGGUCGUGGGGUGAUAGUUUGUGUGGAGGGUUGGACUGGGGACAGUGUCACCUCGAAUGAAGGGCAACCAGUGGGUGUUUAUAAUGGCGGCUCUUCCACUGACUCUGCUGCAUAUCCUCGGCCCUCAUUGGUGGCAAUACCCAGCAAUUGACAAACAGGAGUUUAUCUUGAGAUAAGCGUUCGAUCCGGGCCCAGUCUGGCCCGUGGCGACUCGAGCUGUGAUGUUAACGCAUGGAUCUGGUCAUACCCUGGACAUCAUGGGACAGUCUGGAGUCCAUUUUCCCUGGAGAAGUCGAGGUUUGUCGUUGAGAAGGUUUUGCGGAUUGGUGGAAGGGUCCAUAACCACCGGCAUGGCCCGCCAAUAGGGAUAGCCAAGUGGGGUCCAAGCACGCGACGGUGCGAGACAAGGCUCGCAAAAGAACGACGUCCGACCUCAAAGACUCGGCAGUGGCAGUGAGCAGCAACACUGUCAGUAAUCAAGGGUGUGGACCGGGAGUUGAUAGAUGGUCGGGAGGAGUAACCAGCGACAUCUCUUCGCGAUCCUUAUCUUGCAACGCUGACUGUUUCCUUGAGUUACUCUGCUCGCCUGCUGGAGAAGAUCCGUUCGAAGUAGAGUGGACUUGUGAGGUGGAGUUGUCUAUCGUGGUAUAUAUCUUUCUGUUAUCUUUUGAUAUCCGCAAAAGAACCGGCAGUUGCUGCUAAAAUCUGCUCACGCUGAACGCCGAACUGCAUCAUCAUGGCAGGAUCGAAAUCCCAGACUGGCGCUCCCGCCAACGCUGUCCCAGCAGGACCAGGGCACGAGCAGGAACCCAAGGAAAUCAAAGCAGCCACUCCGCCAUACUCUGAUUUCCCCAAGCGACAUGGCCGUUCCCUGUCACAUUGGUUGGCAAUAGUCCAAGGCGAUCCUCUCUUGGCCCAUCGUACCACCGACGAUUUGCCAUCUUCGGCGGACAUUGUGGUCAUCGGCUCUGGAAUGACCGGGACGUUGGUGACCAAGGCCUGCCUGGAGACCUGGCCUAAUAAAAGAGUCGUGGUGCUUGAAGCCAAUGACUUCUGCUCUGGGGCCACCGGACGCAAUGCCGGCCACUGCAAGCCCGACCAAUGGCGUGGAUUUGCGGAAUACCAGAAGCAAUUCGGCACUCAACAGGCGCUCAAGAUCCUGCAAAACGAGCAACAAACCUGGUCCAACUUGGUCAAGUAUGUCCGCGAAAACAAUGUCGACUGUGACCUGUGGGUUGGUGACACUCUUGACGUGCCCAUGACUCCAGAAAUCGCGAAGGCCGCCAAGCAGGAUUUUGAAAGCUACAAGGCAGCAGGCGGCAAAGUUGACCAUAUCAAGGUCACACAAGAUCCCGCCGAAGCAACAAAGAUCUCCCGCGUUAAAGAGGCACAGGCGUGUUAUGCCUGGCCUGCUUCGACUCUUCAUCCAUGGAAGCUUGCGGCGUAUGUGAUGCGCGAGAACAUCAAGAAAGGUGCCAACCUUCAAACACACACCGUCGCUAGGCGUGUGAGGCAAUCUCCCCGGAGCUCUGGGAAAUGGAUUGUUGAGACAGACCGCGGAGAAAUUGAGUGCUCACAAGUUGUCCAUGCGACCAAUGCGUACAGCGCUGCGCUGGAGCCGUCCCUAAGUGGACUCAUCCGUCCCAUCCCUCACAUCUGCACCAAGGUCGUGCCUCCUGAGACCUUUUCAGGAUCCAAGAGACUUCAAAACUCAUAUGGUGUGCUCCUUCCGAAUCGUGCACUGAUCACCAUUAAUCCGAGAACCACCUCGGAUGGGCACGUCCUUUUCGGCGGCAGCAACCCGGGCCAGCCACGAUUCGAGAAGUGGUUGGAGGAGCACGGCAGUCUAUAUACAGAUGAUGGUCUGACAGGGUUCAAGCCCAUCACGGAAGCCGUCCGGAGUUUCGCACAGUCUCAGCUGGUAGAUUGGGCCGAUGAGUUCAAGAACCCCGAGGGUGCCAUCAACCAACGGAGCUGGAGCGGCAUCAUUGGACUGAGCGCGGACGGAGUGCCCUUCGUGGGUCAGUUGCCUGGGCUUCCAGGCCAAUGGGUCUGUGCUGGUCAUCAUGGGCAUGGAAUGGCCCGAAUCUUCACCGCUGCCCCGGGGCUUGUUCAGCUGAUGGCUGGGAAGCCUUGGGCAAGCACCGAGUUGCCGGACGUCUACCAGAUCACACCGGCACGAGUUCAACAGCUGAAACGCCUCAUGUCUUCGGGUUCGAGACUGUCCAAACUUUGACCGGCGAUGGUGGUAUAAUAGACUAGAUAGCCAAAGAUUGCUAGAGCGAAGCCUUUGUGCUUGAUAGACUGGCUAGAAGAAUGGGCGUCGGUUGAAUCAAACACUUCCUUCGAGCAUUGAGUGCCAUGCCAGUGCCAGUGUAGUACUCACUUCCAUUACAGGCCAAGGGAUGUGCCACUAGUAC